CUCGCCUAGACAGGACUGGGGAAUAAUCGUCAGCGUAGCCCCCCCACCUACCCUACCAACCCACCCAGACCGAAGGCAGCCAAAGUGACAAGGCUACGAUUAAGUUUUGACACGUCUCAUGUCGUGCGAUCAACGCAGCGAAGAACCUAGGUAUUAAACAGCUCUACUCAUAGGUGGCAAGUGAAUUGUUUAUGGCUUCUUACUUCGACAUCCGAGCCGUUUGGGAAGCUUUCUCUGGAGCUUCAAGCAACCACAAUAUACGCGGGAUUCUUGCUCUCUUUACCAGAUCGACGCCUCGUGAUCGAUAUACCUUGAAGAUUUCAAUACAUUUUUCCGCCAUGCUUUCGUUCCCCCUGACAGGCCAUAUCCCGACCCUCGCACAUCAGAGCUCAAUCAGGUAACAGCAUUCCACAGCAAGGAAGAUGAAUAAUGAAUUGGCCUGUUCUGCCACUGUCUUCCUUGUUUUAGUAUCGACCACCAUACAACGUUUAUCGACGUGGUGCCUAGUGACUUGUGACUUGUGACUUGUGACUGGGACUUUAAUUAUCAGAGGAGCGUUCUGGCUGCUUUCGAUACCUCCCUAGACGAGGGAACUGCUGUAGAGGAAGAGCGAACAGAGAAAAGAUGCAUUAAUUUGAGACUGACAAUAAAUAUUAGGGCAACGCCAAGGGUAGAAAUUUUUGCCGAGCCUCCUCAUUUCAACGUCCAUCUAAAUCGCAAGAUCCAUACGGCAGUGUGCUAAUUGACUAGUCGCCAGAAACCCAUGCCCGCGAGUACAAGAGCAGAUCCAGUGAUACCCGCCUGUCGACUCCUCAUGCCGAACAUACUCUUGCUUUGGAGAAUUUUGGCUUGCUGUGCUUUUAGCUGAGAAUGUCCAGAGAAGUAGCUAUAGGCGCCCAAGCCCAUAAAAGCAGCAGCUCCUGUAAAUGAGAUAUGAGCACGGGAUGAAGGUAUAGCAAAGGGGCGAAAACCAACCUGUGACUCGGCAGGGCGUGCAAUCGUCAACAUUGUCAUGCUUGAGAACAUCUUGAAGUCGCUCGGGUCUAUGAAGUGCAUCUAGCUGGGGGCUUCCUGAUCCCAUCGAAUCUGCAAGGGGAUAUGGGGUCUCGGUGUCUCGUUUUGAAGGGCGUUUGAGAAAAUGAGUCGAGUGGUGCAGCUAGCGACGGAUUGUCAGUGACCGCGACUGUCCAUGUACAGGCUCCACUAAAUUUCCAAGACAAUACCUACCUUAUAUGUAGAACCUGCACCUCGUAGGCAGGUCGGCGAAUGCGGCCGCUGCAUCUUUAUGACAACCCCGCCCUCGUGAGCACUGUGAGGGUAGAACAACAACCCAAAGCCUCUAUUGCGCUCUCGACGCAAUUCAAUUGAUGCUGCCAGUGCUUCAUAGCGGCCAUGACGGGAGCCAUAGAGGCGUUAUACAUCUACGAUGAACACAAUCGCCCAAUCCUCACUCACACAUACACAUCAAGGCCGCUCUCUGCCUCUCAACUCCUUCCGCUUUACCAAGGCCAUCCAAUUCCUCGACCAAAUUUCAUAUAUCUCCCGAAUACGGCACCUGCGACUCUUGUUUUCAGUGUCAUUCAUUCUAAUCUCCUCUUCCUUCUGACCUCGUCGACCGAAAUCGAACCUCUCCUCGCCCUGGAGUUCCUACAUCGAGUCAUAGACAUUCUAGAAGAAUUCAUCGGACCGCCGUUAGUAACACAGAAGAUCGAAAGCAAUUAUGAUGUGGUGGCCCAGCUGCUGAAUGAGAUGUGCGAUGCUGGCGCCAUAUGCACGACAGAGCCAAAUGCCCUGAGAGACUUGGUGGAGGUGGAGGGCUGGAUUGGGAAAUUAUUGGGAGGCAUCAAUAUUCCUGGGAAGCCUGGCUAUCCAACCUCGUCCAGCUCCAAUCUGUCUGCUAUAUCCUCCACAGGACCGUUAGCUGCCAACACACCUUCCUUGCCCUGGCGUAGAGUCAAUGUACGGCACACAUCUAAUGAGCUCUACGUAGAUCUGGUCGAGACUCUUACAGUAACCCUCGCACCCUCAGGUCGACCUUUAGCGGCAUUUGCGAAUGGAACCAUUGCAUUUACCUCCAAAAUAUCUGGAGUUCCUGACCUGCUCCUGAACCUCACAACUCCAUCGGGAAAGCAGAAUCUCAACAGUGUGAUGGAUCUUCCUGUUUUCCACCCUUGUGUAAGGCUGGCGAGAUGGCGAGAAAAGCCUGGAGAGCUAAGCUUUAUUCCGCCUGAUGGGAGGUUCGUUUUAGCCGGAUACGAAGUCGACUUGUUGCCGGUUCAAAACGGCAAGCCUGGCACGGGAACAUCAUCGAAUCUGAAACUGCCUGUCAGCAUUGAGCUUAAGACGUGCCUUGGGCCGCAGGGAUCUGAUUUUGAGGUCCGAUUGCUCAUGACGAAAGUUUCUGGGCAGGGGAAUUCGUCAAUAUCUGGUUCAGCCUCAAGAAGCAGCAGUCGCGUUGGCAACCGUGGCACUGGUGGUUUUGUAGCCGGUCUUGGCAGUCAGGCUGGCACUUCCUCCAUCCCUACUCUAGAGGAUCUAACAGUCACGAUACCUCUACCUGCAGAUGUGAGAAAUCUGUCGGAAAUUCGAGCUAGCAGGGGUGAUACGACAUACAAUCCAGGAGAAAAGAGCUUGGAAUGGCAUAUACCUGCAAAGGAUGCUGUUUCUGGAGGAGCCACGCUUCGAUGUACUGUUGUUGGGCCCCUUUCAUAUGAUGAUGACUUCGAAAGCAAUGGAUUCAAACUUGGAGGGAGCUACGAUUACGAAGAAAAUAUAUACCAGAACUCGACUGCAAAAGUUAGCCAGCCUGAAACGGCAGAUGACCAAGGAGAUGCGAAGAUGGUAUCACAUAAUAGAAUUCUAAUGCCAAGCUCUGCGACAGUCAGUUUUUCGGUCAAAGGAUGGUUGGCUUCUGGUAUCAAGGUGGAGAGUCUUGUCAUCGAUGCAAAGAAGAGCCGCGGCAUUGGUGAUGGUGUGAAACCUUACAAGGGAGUAAAGUACCUGACCGUAAGCAGUGGUGGUGUUGAGGUCAGAUGUUGAGUGAUGAGCGGAAGCACAGAUAUUAUGGGGGGGAUCAACGGAGCUAAACAUGAUGCUAUGCUUCAAGAGCCGGCCACACUACCGUAAAAUAUUAGGAGCUAUCUCCUGGUCGCCCCUGCCUGGAUUUGCUAGAAAACUACUGCCUGAUCGAGAGCCCCAAUACUCAAGUAAUUCGCUAGCUAUGUGGAUAGUAGUUCGUAUUUCUGAUUGCCAAAAGCCUGCAGUGUUAGAUUGAGAGUUUAAGAAACGACUUUGCUGAGGUUCUCUCACUGUUCACUGGCGUACGGAAGGGGGAGGACAGUAGGUCUCGUCCACCCUUACCGGGCGGUGAGGCUACAUGGAAUUCCGUAGAACCUAUAUUACUUUCACUGAUUUAAUGAA